ACUCGUGUUGAGCCAUUCUCAGGAGCGAGUUCUUUGCACUGCACACCAGCAAGAAGAGGAAACUGCAGCUGUUACUUAAAACACUGCCUUUUGAUGACCUGCUUUGCAUUUGGACACCAGAUUUUUUUUGGUGCUUCAUUAGAGGGCGGGCAAGCCUCUGGACUCACACUCGAAGAGAGAGCAACACUCACCUGAACACAGUGGUGGAUAUCCUUCCUGCAACUGUUCAUUUCACCAUAACAAAAACUAGUUCUUAUCACCACUACAUUCGCCAGCCGAGCAGAUCACGAGCAGGCUCCAAUUUCUGUGCUGUGAAAUUGAAUCAGAGGAACGGAGAGGCAAUACAGCAGAGGCAUUGUGUCCCUGCAAUUGAAACACUAACCAGCUGAAAAUAUCAAAGACCAUCCUGGACAAAGCGUUCCUCUCAAAUCUCCCUUGUUGGUCUAAAAUCUGCUGUUGAAAUAGAAAGUGAUCAAAAGCAGCACAACACUCAGAGAGGAGAGGGGAAGCAAAAGGGGACCAUACACCAGGGUAAAGGAUUGUGUGCAGGUGCCGGGGCUGCCAUGGUGCGUGGAGGUGGCGUGGCAGUAGCUUCAUCCUGCUGGGGCUUUUGGGUGUUUGCCCUGUCAAUGAUGGCGUUGUGCUUGUCAGACCAGGCCAUCCGCUGCCCGGUGUGCUCUGAGGAGAGACUGGCCAGCUGCCGUCUGCCGGAAGGCUGCGAGGAGACGGUGCGGGAGCCCGGCUGCGGCUGCUGCCCCACCUGCGCCCUGCCAAAGGGGGCUCACUGUGGCGUCUACUCACCCCGAUGUGGCACGGGCCUGCGCUGCUACCCGCCGCGUGGCGUGGAGAGGCCACUGCACUCAUUAAUGCACGGCCAGGGGGUGUGCACCGAUGAGAGAGAGGCGGACGAGAACUCAGCGAUGGACAGGCAGGAUGAGAUAACCCCUGAGCAUCCCAACAACAGCAACAUCCGGUGCAGUCCACAGGACAAGCGCUGCAUACAGAAGACCCUGGCCCGACACCCUCCAAAAUCCACAAAUCAGAGAAGCAACACUGCCAGGGAGGAGACCAAGGCGGCGCUGGCUCCAUGUCGUGCCGAGCUGCAGAGAGCAUUGGACAGAUUGGCAUCAAAUACCCGCACGCAUGAUGAUCUCUUCACAAUCCCCAUACCCAACUGUGACAAGAAUGGAGAUUUCCACGCUAAACAGUGUCACCCCGCUCGUGAUGGCCAGCGGGGAAAGUGCUGGUGUGUGGAUCAGAAGACAGGCAUGAGGCUGCCGGGCCCUCUGGAGCUGCGAGGAGAUCUGGACUGCCACCAGUUAAUGACUGCUACGCAGAGGGAUUGAGGGGUGGGCAGUGGCAGUAGGGGUGCAGGACCAGCUGAACUCUACUGGUGCUUUUUAGUAGAACUACAUGGGGAAAGGACUUUGCUCUAAAGCCUUGAUUCACCUGAGGCCAACGGUACUUGAGCUUGCGCAACAAAAAGGAAACCAUUGAAUUGAGUUCUUUUGCUAUUUUGUUUCUGUGUGUGAGAGUAUGUGAUGUCUGAAUCUUUUGAGCACUGGUUGUGUACUGUUCCUACUAUGGGAACUUAAGACUGUGUCUUUAGACACAUGCGCUUUGAAGUAACAGGUGGCAGACAAAAACCUUCCACAGUUGUAGUUGUGAUCUUUGUUAGAGAGCAAUAUGUGUUGUUCUCUCUAGUCUAACUUCAGUAGAGAAUUUCUUUUUUAAAUGAGAAAAUGCAUCAACCCCACCAGAUAAUCAGACCUGAGAUCCAACAGCAACUGUUAGCAUUUGUUUGAUUCUUUCAGAAGCACUAGAUCAGUUGGAAUUACUGCAUCAGGACAACGCAGACAGAUUAUCAAUCAAAGGAUCGUGUACUAGUUUUUAACACAAUGUGUGUAAUUGAUUGUAAUGUGUGGCUCUUAUUUUACUGUCCUAUAUGUCGUAAACCCCACCCAUCUGUUAAGUAGGUUAAAACAAAACAUAAAAUGAGUUUGCAAACACAAAGUCUAGUUCAGCGAGGACACAAGAAUAGCAAUAAAGAAGAGAACAACAGGUAAAAUGAAAAAAGAAACAGGGCUAACCAAGGAAUGCAACAAUCCCCUGCCUUGAGUUACCAAAUGAUAAGCCAUAGCUUUUCACAACAUGAAGACCAAAGUGAAAAGUGAGAUUAGUUUGAACAACUGUAUCUCUGAAGGGCCAGAAAAGAUUUGCUUCAUCACCCUGCGGUUAACUCUGCAUCCUCCUCUCUUUGUUCUGCGGCAUUGUGGUCCAGAAGGACUGGCAGAGUAGCUGGGCUAAAAACUCUGUACACUGCUGAUAGGAUAAUCUCAUUUCUCCAGCUGGUGCUAAAAUGCCAGUGUGACUCUCAUAUGAAUAUGCUACAACAUACAGGAUUUCUCUUCAAACAGACUGCUUGGCAGAACUUUGGUGGUGCUAUAUACUGAAUGUGCCAAAAUACUAAACAAAAAAAUGGCUUCUGCACUGUUUGGGCAUUGUUUAAGAUUGGAACAGAAGACUGGGAUUUUCAGGAAAUGGAGCAAUUAGCAUCAGCAAGUGUGAGGAUCACCUAAAUGUGUGACCACCUACACUAGCUAUUGACAAAGGCUUUCCAUGUGUGUUUUCAAUUUUAAUGUUAAAAUAUACAAAUAACAUCCCACACUGGCUUUGCAUUAUCACUGCAGCUAACUGGCUGAAUGUUCCACAGGCCAGUGUUGUAAAUGCAGGCGUGAUGUGUUUUAAAUACACAAUAAGAUUGUAAUACAUUGUAAUGAUUAAGCUCCUGGCAGCAUGGCAACUCUUAGUUAAAGGUGGGGUAAGCAAUUCAAGGUAAAACGAUUUUAAUCCAGUACACUUUUUGUCAAAUUCAGCGAAUAUCUCCCCACGGUCUGCCAGCUUUUUGCUGUGUGCGCUGAAAAAAAUCUGGUGGUUGUACACAGCCCUGGCUCUGUGAAUGGAAUCGGACCGAGCCACACAAUACUAAUUGGAGCCAUUCCAGCCAGGAUUUGUGUGUGAGGUAACGUUAAAUGACAUGCCCAUGGAUAUUCAUCUCAUUUUCUAGUUUGCCAACAUAUGUUGCAUAACAUGCUGUUGUCGUAAUGUUAGCUAUGGUAGCAGGAAAAGUUGUGAGCAUUGCUGUCUGGAGCUGGUGAGCUGGCUCUGGGAAACCAUCUUGUUCUCUCUGCACGUUAGCUGUGCAGCAGCAACUUUAGUGACAGUUUGCUAGCCGACAAAAUAGCCAACGUUAGUGUGUCAUUGCUCGCACUAUAUAAUGGUAUUGUCAUGCUAUUGGAUUUCUCCAGAA